AUGGAACAAAGGGAUCCGGCCGGCUUUCCUGUCAGCUACCGGGUCAGGAGCCACCAGCUCAGGAAGCAAAAGCCUUCCCAGCUGGAGCAGGGGGAGACCGUCCAAACUCAAGAGUUGUCACAAUUGCAGGAACAAGACCCAGAUCUAAACCUAGCAGUCAAGCAGAAAUCAAAGGUUCCAGUGGAGUUUGAGGAGCGGGUUCCUGUGCCAGCUGACAGUGUGGUGGUGCACUGUGGCGAAGUAAAGGUCACCAUCGAGGUCAAGCGAAACUUCCUAGGAAACGGUCAGUUGAUCCGUCCGAGUGAUCUGACCUUAGGAGACUGCGCUGCGGUAGACGCUGAGAAACCCGUCCUGGGGUUUCAAACGGAGCUGGAGGGCUGCGGCAGCACAGUGACGAUGACUGAAGAAGCCAUCAUCUACACAUUUACUCUGAUGUACUCUCCGACUCCGAUUAGCAACACCUUCAUUUUAAAGACCAACCCAGUUGAAGUGGUAAUUCAGUGCCACUACAAAAGGAGGCAUUACGUAAACAGCGAUGCCUUGAGACCCACCUCGAAGCCGUUGGCGUCCCUCAUGCAAGUGGAACAGCGGCUGCACUUCUCCCUGCAUCUCAUGACAGAGGACUGGCAGUCGCAGAGGCCUUCCAGCGUUUAUUUCCUGAAUGACGUGAUGCACAUUGAGGCGGCGGUCCUCAGGGGUAACCACGUACCUCUGAGGGUCUACGUGGACAGCUGCGUGGCCACUGCGAACCCAGAUCCAUACUCACAACCCAGAUACAGCCUCAUUAACAACCACGGAUGUUUAACCGACACUAAGCUGACGGGAUCCAAGUCUUACUUCAUGCCGAGGAGCCACGAGGAUAAACUCCACUUCCAGCUGAAGGCCUUCAGGUUCCACCAAGAUGACAGGAAGACUCUCUACAUCACAUGUCGCCUGAAAGCAACGCCAGUCUCUGCACCCGUCGACUCGGAGCACAAAGCCUGCUCAUUCCUGUCUGAAGCUAAGAGAUGGGUGGCAUCAGGUGGAGACAAUAAGGUGUGUAGCUGCUGUGAGACCAGCUGUGGCACGCAGAGAUGGAAAAGAAGCCUUGCAGCAAAUGAUGCUCUGCGGUGGGAGGGGACGGCAGCUCUUGGCCCCAUCCUGCUGGAGAACGUUCUGGAAGAGGGGUCGACUGAGCCGCUUGAGCUUCCUCCAGAACCAGUUUCUCUGCAGCAGACGCAAGAAGUCACUCGAGCUGGUUAG